CCAAUGCGCCCCGGGCGCCGCAGCUGCUCCCGAGCCCGGGCGCGUGAUUGGCAGCCUCCAGCCUCAGCCCCGGCGCGCCCUCCCACCCAAGACUAAGUCCAGUCCGCGCCCACUCCGGGGCGGUCGCCGCCUCCUCUGCGCCGGGGUGCCGGGCGCUGGGCCGGCAGGCAGCGUACACCCGGCAAGCGCCGCGGAGCAGCGAGGUCCCAGGCGGCAGCGCUCGGCGCAGUCCUCGCUCCGGCCGGGCCAUGAAGGUCGAGUUUGCGCCGCUCAACAUCCCGCUGGCGCGGCGGCUGCAGACGGCGGCGGUGCUGCAGUGGGUCCUGUCCUUCCUUCUGCUCGCACAGGUGUGCCUUGGAGUCAUCGUGUUCCUGAUCAUAUACAACUACUGGUUCCUCUACAUCCCUUAUUUGACAUGGCUUUACUUUGACUGGCAAACCCCAGAGCAAGGAGGCAGGAGAUCCGACUGGGUCAGAAGCUGGACCAUUUGGAGGUACUUUAAGGACUAUUUUCCAAUUCAUCUCAUCAAAACUUGGGAUUUGAAUCCAAGUCACAACUACAUAUUUGGGUUUCACCCCCAUGGAGUGCUUGUUGCUGGAGCCUUUGGAAACUUUUGUACAAAUUAUUCAAACUUCAAGGAGCUGUUUCCUGGCCUUACUGCGUAUCUUCAUGUGCUUCCAUUUUGGUUCCGGUGUCCGCUCUUCCGAGAAUAUCUGAUGAGUAGUGGGCCAGUCUCAGUUUCCAGGAGAAGCGUGUGUCACGUGCUCAGCAAGGAAGGAGGUGGAAACAUCUCAGUCAUCGUGCUUGGGGGUGCAGAGGAAUCACUGGAUGCCCAUCCUGGAAAGUUCACUCUGUUCAUCCGCCAGCGGAAGGGAUUUGUGAAAAUUGCUCUGACCCAUGGUGCUUAUUUGGUGCCAGUGUUUUCUUUUGGUGAAAAUGAACUAUUUAAACAAGUUAGCAACCCUGAAGGCUCAUGGCUUCGAACUGUGCAGGAGAAACUACAGAAGAUCAUGGGAUUUGCUUUGCCACUGUUCCACGCCAGAGGAAUUUUUCAAUACAAUUUUGGCCUAAUGCCCUAUAGGAAACCCAUCCACACUGUUGUUGGCCGCCCAAUCCCUGUUCAUCAGACCCUGCACCCGACCCCAGAGCAGGUUGAGGAGUUGCAUCAGACCUAUAUGGAGGAGCUAAGGAAAUUAUUUGAGGAGCACAAAGGGAAGUACGGUAUUCCAGAAAAUGAAACUCUCAUUUUUAGAUAACUGUCCUCUUAGAAGGAUACAAGAGGGCGAGAGAAUAUCCCAUUGAAAGAACAAAUAUUUUAAAUAAAUUAAAUUUUUUCUUUGAUGAAGGAAUCAAAUUUGCAACUGAGAAGUAUUAUGUAUGGUGACAGAAGUUGAUGUUUAUCUAUGGUAACUAAACAUCCAGUGGGUGACUAUAGGGUAAGGUUGGAGAUGAUUAUCAGCCUUUUAUUCGUCUUCCUCAUUUAGGAAGGUAAAAAUCAUUUUACAAGUUAAGAAAAGGUUUAGAAUUAUUCACAUGCAGGACUUCCCUGGUGGCGCAUUGGUUAGGGAUCCACCUGCCAAUGCAGGGGACUCGAGUUCCAGCCCUGGUCUGGGAAGAUCCCACAUGCCGCAGAGCAACUAAACCCGUGCGCCACAACUACUGAGCCUGUGCUCUAGAGCCCACGAGCCACAACUACGGAGCCCGCGAG